AUGAGCAGUCCUGUGGCAGUGAAUCCAGCCAAACGCUUUCGGCAGCUAACCAAAAACAUUAACAUCUGGACCAAUCUUUUGGGGGUUGAUGUUUUGGCCCCUAAAGUAAAGUUCAAUUACCGCACCUGGACCACAACCUUUGCAAUUGUCAACUACACAGGCUUCACAAUCUUUUCGAUGGUCGACAAUGGCGGCGACUGGCGAGUGAGCCUGAAAGCCAGUCUGAUGAUGGGAGGCCUGUUCCAUGGUUUGGGAAAGUUCUUAACUUGUCUGCUGAAGCAGCGGACCAUGAAGAGACUCACCUUUUUUGCCUGCAACGUAUAUGAAGAGUACGAGGGAAAGUCAGAUGUACAUUAUCGAACGCUGGACAUGAACAUCGAUCGAUUGCUGGGCUUAAUGCGAGGCAUACGCAACGGGUACAUGGCCACGUUUUUGCUAAUGACGAUCCUUCCUAUGGCAAUGCUCCUGUAUGAUGGCACUCGGGUCACUGUGAUGCAGUACCAAAUCCCUGGCCUGCCGCUGGAGAACAACGCCUGCUACUCAAUCACCUAUCUCAUUCAGUUGGUGACUAUCGGUGUCGCCGGCUGCGGUUUCUAUGCCGGCGACCUGUUUGUCCUUCUUGGUCUCUCUCAAAUCUUUGCGUUUGCGGACAUUUUACAGCUCAAGGUUGACGACCUUAACGCUGCUCUGGACCGCAAGACCGAGGCCAGAGCUCUGGUUAGUCUGGGUGCCACCAUAACAGGAGAGGAGAGGCGACAGGAGCUGCUUUUAGAUGUGAUCAAGUGGCAUCAGCUAUUCACGAACUACUGCCACACUGUGAAUGAACUCUACCAUGAUCUGAUUGCCACUCAGGUGCUGUCGAUGGCCGUGGCGGUGAUGCUCAGCUUCUGCAUCAUACUGACUAGUUUUCACAUGCCAUCGGCAAUAUAUUUUUUGGUGUCAGCCUACAGCAUGUCUGUCUAUUGCGUUUUGGGCACCAAAAUUGAAUUCGCAUACGACCAGGUCUACGAGAGCAUCUGCAGUGUGUCCUGGCAGGAGCUGAGCUGCGACCAGCGCAAACUAUUGGGGCCGAUGCUGCGGGAGGCACAGAAUCCGCAAAGUAUUAAACUUCUUGGCAUCCUGCCGCUGUCCGUGAGAACCGCUCUGCAGAUAAUAAAACUCAUUUACAGCCUGUCCAUGAUGAUGAUGCAGAAUCGCACAUAGAAAGCACCUCAUUCCUAUGCUCCGUAUAUUAGAGCACUUUUUAUGAAAUUAACAGAUGGGGAUAUAGAUCUAGGCAAUGGAGAGCUUUAACUAGUUCUCUAGGGGAUUGGGGGUAGCAAGAAAAAAAGCAUAAUGAUUUCCAUUGAAAAAGAGCUGGAAAA